GCUUCCGGAGCUUCUCCGCCUCUGAGAAAUAAAAAUCACCGUGCGGCCUCCCAGACAAACAAGUCUUUCUUUUUUCCUCUCUCUCUCUCUCUCUCUCUCUCUCUCUCUCUCUCUGUGUAAUAGUCUCCACUGAGUCACAUAUGAUUGUUUUCGUCCGUUGAAUACGGCGACUCUGCAACAAUGACCUCAAUCACAUCCGUCGAAUUAAAUUACCUCGUUUUUCGGUACCUUCAAGAAUCAGGUUUUAUACAUUCAGCGUUUGCUUUAGGAUAUGAGGCAGGUAUUAAUAAGUGCAGUAUUGAUGGGAAUUUGGUCCCACCUGGUGCUCUUAUUACAUUUGUACAAAAAGGACUUCAGUACCUGGAGAUGGAAGCAAAUUUGACUAAUAGCGAUGCAGAUAUGGACGAAGAUUUCUCAUUCUUGCAACCCUUGGAUUUAAUUACAAAGGAUGUCCAUGAAUUACGACAAAUUAUAAGAGAUAAAAGGAGAAAUCUCCAAAGGGACAGAGAAAAAGAUAGAGAUAAGGAGCCUGACAGGGAAAUUGAAGGGGAUCGUGGACGAGUUAGAGAGAAGGAAAAACAUGAAAAGGAGAAGGACCGAGAAAACCGGGAAAAGGAACGAGAGAAGGUCAAAAAGGAAAAGGAGAAGGAGCGAGAAAAGCAGUCUGAGGAUCAUGCUGAUAGAGAAAUGGUAAUGGACCAAGAAGAAAAGGAUACUGUAAAAAAUGAAGAGAACGUACUUCCUGGAGGUCCGGAGCCCAUGGAUGUUGCUACAACCUCAACUUCACAGUCUUGUGAAAUCCCUAGUUCUGACGUGACCAUU